AUUUACCACUCUAUUUAUGUUUGUAAGAACUAUAAGUGUUGUGUCCUGUUGCGUUCCGCGUGUGUGUACAGCAGUUCUUACGUUAGCACAGUAUCUAAAAACUAUGAGUGGGUUAUACCUUAGAUAUAACCGCAAGGUUGACGUCUACCUUUGAUUUAGUAAUCAUUUGAGUAUAUUGAUAAAAUUAUUGAUUAAACCAGUGAUUGAAUGAAAGAAUUUCCGAAUUCAAUUGCGAGCAAAUCCCAAUUUAGAUCAAUUCAAGCAUUGUGAUAGAUUACUGGCGAUGGAUUAUUUCGAAUGAAAUGAAGUAUUCCAUUCUCAUUAAAUAGCCGCGCGGACCGGAGGGAAAGCGCAGUAGUUUUUCUAUUAAUCAAUAUUCAACAAGUGUCACGUCACACGUGACGACUAUUAGCACGUAAUAUUAAUCCAUGAGAAUGACACGCCAUUAGUUGUGUUUUAUGCUACUCUUCCUUCAAUCGUUCAUCAGUCCCUUCCCAAAGGUUAACCAGUGUAGAUGUUAGUAUAUCCUGGUCGUGGUCGACUUCCAGCGAAUCGAUGGCUUGUAAGCUAUCAAUCGUUUUCUACGUUUCAGCGCUAGUGUUGCUUAUCGCUUCUGAGAUCGCAGGUUUAGUUGGUGAAAAACCUAUGUUUAGAAUUCUGGCGCCAAAGUUUAUAUGUGGAAACAAACAUGCCGGAGUCACAAACGAUACCCAAACAAAAUCCUCGAACGGAACCCCUCAGCAGAUUGUCAUAAGCCUCCAAACGAAGGGUGGCGAGAAACUGCGAUAUCGUGUAGCCAUACAAUUUUUCCUUAUCGAUGGUUUUGUUAGUCAACGCCAUACACUACAGCUGUGGCGAAGUGUUCGUCAACUUGAACAACGAUUGGACAAGGAACGGAACGCUAUCACGGCGAGCAACCAAAUCAUUAUUUCUAACGAAGAAUUAGUAGGUGGUGUUAUCUACACUUUUAACAUCGUUGGCGUCGAUGGCACUGAUGAGCUCAGCCAAGAUCAAAACUUCACUAUCACAUACAAGGGUGAGAACGUCAAAAGUUCGGUGGAUCAGGAUGGGUCAUCGUCACGAGAUGACGUUUCGCUUUUGCUACUCUGUUCGGAGACUGGAUAUGCGGAUAUACCCUAUUUGGUUACGGCCAAAGUGAUAUUUUGCGAACCGAAGAACGACUACAAGAUUAUAUGGACUAUUUCUGACGAACGAAUUGGAAACCUAGACACACAAUCAGACACACUGACGAUACCCGCUGGAGUGCUGAAACCCGGUAAACGUUACGAAAUAGCAGCCACCGUUAUUGAUUCCACCAGUGAAGUUCCAAUUAUCAAAGCCACAGUGAAAAUCCACAUCCUUGAGCGCGUCCUAAAAGGUAGCAUAUUCCCGGUAGAAGCGACAACAGGAGCCGCCCAGCUAACGGUGAUAAGAGCCGCCUUCAAUAAUCCGCAACUCUCGAAUCUUUCAUGGAGUUGUGAAGAUGAUAGUGGCGAUAAGAGUUGCUCUGAUGAUUUGAUCAUAUCACCCUAUGUAGGUUCCAUAUCGUUUACGAAAGAUGCGAGAUACGCGGUCACCGUUUCUGUAGAUAACCUAAGCAUAUCGUCUAGUAUCAAAGUUAACACGAAGUCCACGGUUAGCGUUUCGCUUCAAAAACUACCAGCUGCAUACAUUAUUCCUGGUCAACGGUACGAGUUUACAGUAGAUGUUAAAGGACUAGUUCCCAAAUGUAUCUGCAACUGGACUGUGGUAAAAGAGGAAGAUUUUGCAUAUUUUGAUCCAAUAUCAAUGGGCGGUAUCGGUGGUCUUGUUAUCACCGAUAUUGAGGAAAAUUUUCUGUCUGAGAUAGUGGACUACGGAAAUGAUACGAUCGAGCGCGAAAUUAAUCUCAUUAUACCCCCAAGUACGAAUACAUCCCAAUGGAUGGGAUUGGAGCCGAAUGUGCUGUAUAAAUUCAGAUUAGCCAUCGAAUGCCCCGAGCCGGUUGAUGCUAGUUUCAGUAAUGGUGACAGUCGCGGUACAGUUCCGAGCUACUGGGAUAUGGUUUUAGAAACUAACGCUCCACCUAAAGGUGUUCCCCUUUCUGUCACACCAACAUUCAACGGAACAGCGUUGAGCACAAACUACAUCUUUACCACUGAUAUUGCCAAUGAUACGAAAACGGAUUUUCCUCUCAGAUACUCCUUCUGGUACAAUGUGGAAAAACACUCGAUGAACAUCGCUAAUCUUUUUGAGAUCGUGUCCACCGAAACGCAACUUCCGUACUCCAUGAGCGAAAUAUCAACUUACUAUCUAAUCUGCGAUUCACGCGAAGCCUGUGCACGCGUAAAUGGCCCAUCUAUUAAAGUGCAACCGAAUUCUAAUUUUAACAUGACAGAGCGAACAAGAAAAUUAGAUGCAAUUGAAAACCAUUUCUAUCGAGAUAAUUAUAAUCAGGCAGUCAAGAUCGCUUUCGAGCUGCUACUCACCCUCAGAAAUCAGAACUCAAGCUUGUUUGACGAUACGUACACUCAGAUAAUGAUUUUCCUAGAAAAACUAUUUGAAGCCAUAAAAGCAUCGAUUGAAGAGCGAGCGCAUCACCUCAAUGCAGUUCUACAACUUGCACAACAAGCUAGAAUUCUCAUUGAUUUCCAACCCGAUGCAAGCGAUCGCCUUCUCGGACAAUUACUAGAGCUGAUAGAUUCUGCCGAACGAACAUCCAAACGUAUUACUCGUUCGGUCAAUUACAAACCCAUCCCGGACACUGUUGACAUCGACAGCACAAAGAUUGGAAUCUACAAAAGCUUGAUCACGUCAUCGAAUGGUACAGCAGAAACAAAGAGCAAAGCUAGGACUCUUCUACUGAAUUACAUACCAAUAAUCGCACAACGUUAUUGCGCUAACCACCAGACCAACUAUUCGGAUGAGUGGUUCAAAUUGGAAAUAACGAGAAUGAAACCUGCCAUCCGGAACCCGCUGCGGAAAUCAAUCCGAAUCCCUAGUGGUGACACCAAAUUGCCGCAAGUAGUAACAGUUGCGGGUUUGGGAGGACCUAGCGAUGGACAACUGCUGGAAACGGCGUCGUACCUCUGCCUGGGAAGUCUCGUUUACUAUAGAGACUUUCUGUCGUCCGAAAACGUUUCUGAGGGAGAAAUAUAUACAGUGUUUCUAACAGUAUCUGACAAAAAUGACAUUGGAGUGAUCGCCGAAUGGACCGCUGGAAUAUAUGUAUGGAAUAUUACUGAGAAGAACAAGACUUCAUCUCGUGACUAUCAGUGUCUGUUGUGGAACGAAGAAGCCACUAGUUGGACCGAUAAUUCGUGUCGUACUGAAACUAGGUUCAGCUCCGUAGUCUGCAAUUGUACGCAAAUGGGUUAUCUGAGAGUUAUCAUAACAAACCGUCCUGCAACCUUGGAAGUAACAACUAGUAUGGAAGAGAUAUAUUCUAUGAGUACGACGAUAUUGGAAGAGAACAUUACGGACACAACGUCGGUUCAUUAUUGGGAUACAACGACAGACAGCGAAGUGAUCACGCUAGUCGAGAUCUCUGCAUUAGCUUCAACGACAGAUUCUUUAGAGAAUAGUGUGAUCACUACUACAUCUGCGUAUAGUCCUACGAGCGAAUCGUCAGCUAAUCUAGUUGUUAACCAAACAAAAAACCAUAAUUCAUCUAUCCUGGAAAUUGAGGGACAGUCAGGAGUUAACUCUACGCAUAGUCAUCAAACAGCGGCAACCGGGACAUUAGGGUAUUCUAUAAUUGCUGCGCUUGUACUCAUUGCUCUACUGACGGCUAUCGCGCUGGUACUUUACAAACGUCGGAGGCACACAACGUCCUUGACUGAAGAAAUGCAGGUCGUGGCCGGAAGAAUGCGUAGCUCAACACAACCCGUUCGAUAUGCACGCUUUCAAGAUGAGCACAAUAUGAGCGGGGAUAAUGUUUCCACAAUUUCCGAUUCUGUUACGGUAUGAAUGAAGGUUUGAACAAUGUUCAUCGUUCUGCGUGAGGAAAAUAUUUACUUUUUCCUGUCUGUAUGUACUUUUUAUAGGUGCAAUAAAAGGUGUAACUAAC